AUGUGUGAGGUGAUGCCCACAAUCAAUGAGGGAGACCCCCUGGCCCCCCCCCAUGGCGCCGAUGCCGAGGCCAACUUUGAGCAGCUGAUGGUGAACAUGCUGGAUGAGCGGGAGAAGUUACUGGAGUCCCUCCGAGAGAGUCAGGAGACCUUGGCGGCCACGCAGAGCCGGCUCCAGGAUGCCCUGCAUGAGCGGGACCAGCUCCAGCGCCAUCUUAACUCUGCCCUCCCCCAGGAAUUUGCCACCUUAACCCGGGAGUUGAGCAUGUGUCGGGAGCAACUUCUAGAACGGGAAGAAGAGAUCUCAGAGCUGAAAGCAGAACGUAAUAAUACAAGGCUGCUUCUGGAACACCUGGAAUGCCUGGUGUCCCGCCAUGAGCGGUCACUGCGGAUGACAGUGGUGAAGCGCCAGGCCCAGUCACCUUCAGGGGUGUCCAGUGAGGUGGAGGUGUUGAAGGCCCUUAAGUCGUUGUUUGAGCACCAUAAGGCUCUUGAUGAGAAGGUGCGGGAGCGGCUCCGGGCAGCACUGGAGCGAGUCACUACCUUGGAGGAGCAGCUGGCAGGUGCCCACCAGCAGGUGUCUGCCCUGCAGCAGGGGGCAGGGGUUCGAGAUGGAGUGCCAGAAGAGGAGGGGACUGUGGAGCUGGGACCGAAACACCUAUGGAAGGAUGAUGCGGGCCGGGUCGAGGAGUUGCAGGAGCUCCUGGAGAAGCAGAACUUUGAGUUGAGCCAGGCACGGGAGCGACUGGUCACCCUGACAGCAACUGUGACUGAACUGGAGGAGGACCUGGGCACAGCCCGCCGGGACCUCAUCAAGUCUGAGGAGCUGAGCAGCAAGCAUCAGCGGGACCUCCGCGAGGCGCUGGCCCAGAAAGAGGACAUGGAGGAGCGGAUCACCACACUGGAGAAGCGCUACCUGGCUGCCCAGCGUGAGGCCACAUCCAUCCAUGACCUCAAUGACAAACUGGAGAAUGAGCUGGCCAACAAGGAGUCCCUACACCGCCAGUGUGAGGAGAAGGCCCGACACCUGCAGGAGCUGCUGGAAGUGGCUGAGCAGAAGCUACAGCAGACAAUGCGCAAAGCAGAGACGCUGCCCGAGGUGGAGGCUGAGCUGGCCCAGAGAAUCGCAGCCCUCACCAAGGCUGAAGAAAGGCAUGGCAACAUUGAAGAGCAUCUGAGGCAGCUUGAAGGACAGCUGGAGGAGAAGAACCAGGAGCUGGCAAGGGUGCGCCAACGGGAGAAGAUGAACGAGGACCACAACAAGCGGCUGUCAGAUACCGUGGACCGGUUGCUUAGUGAGUCAAACGAACGCCUGCAGCUGCAUCUCAAGGAGCGCAUGGCGGCCCUGGAAGAAAAGGGCCGUCUGUCUGAAGAGAUUGAGAAGCUGCGCCAAGAGGUGGACCAGCUGAAGGGUCGAGGGGGGCCGUUUGUGGAUGGCAUCCACUCCAGGUCGCACAUGGGCAGUGCAGCGGACGUGCGGUUCUCCUUGACCACAACCACUCAUGCACCCCCCAGCCUACAUCGCCGCUACUCGGCACUGCGGGAAGAGCCUGCCAAGGACUGGGAGCCAUCUCCACUGCCUGGGGUCCUGGCCCCCACAGCAACCCCUGCCUUUGACAGUGAUCCUGAGAUCUCUGAUGUGGAUGAGGAUGAGCCAGGUGGGCUGGUAGGCUCUGUGGAUGUUGUCUCCCCCAGCAGCCACUCUGAUGCUCAGACGCUGGCCAUGAUGCUGCAGGAGCAGCUAGAUGCCAUCAACGAGGAGAUCAGGAUGAUCCAGGAAGAGAAGGAGUCCACUGAGCUCCGUGCUGAGGAGAUUGAGACGCGAGUGACCAGCAGUAGCAUGGAGGCCCUAAACCUGACACAGCUGCGCAAACGUGGUUCCAUCCCCACCUCCCUGACGGCCCUGUCCCUGGCCAGUGCAUCCCCCCCACUCAGUGGCCGCUUGACACAGAAGCUUACCUCCCGCAGUGCUGCCCAGGACCUGGACCGAAUGGGUGUCAUGACCCUGCCCAGUGACUUAAGAAAGCAUAGGAGGAAGCUGCUGUCGCCAGUGUCUCGGGAAGAGAACCGAGAGGAUAAAGCCACCAUAAAAUGUGAGACUUCUCCUCCUUCCUCACCCAGGACGCUGCGGCUAGAGAAGCUUGGCCACCCAGCCCUGAGCCAGGAGGAAGGCAAGAGUUCCUUGGAGGAUCAGGGCAGCAACCCCAGCAGCAGCAACAGCAGCCAGGACUCCUUACACAAGGGCGCCAAACGCAAGGGCAUCAAAUCGUCCAUCGGCCGCCUGUUCGGGAAGAAGGAGAAGGGCAGGCUGAUUCAGCUGAGUCGGGAUGGAGCCACGGGCCAUGUUAUCUUAACAGACUCCGAGCUCAGUCUGCAGGAGCCCAUGGUACCUGCCAAGCUGGGGACCCAGGCAGAGAAGGACCGGCGGUUGAAGAAGAAACACCAGCUGCUUGAAGAUGCCCGCAGAAAAGGAAUUCCCUUUGCCCAGUGGGAUGGCCCAACUGUGGUCUCCUGGCUGGAGCUCUGGGUGGGGAUGCCUGCCUGGUAUGUAGCAGCCUGCCGGGCCAAUGUCAAGAGUGGUGCCAUCAUGUCUGCCCUGUCGGACACAGAAAUCCAGCGGGAGAUUGGCAUCAGCAAUGCCUUGCACCGGCUCAAGCUCCGGCUGGCCAUCCAAGAGAUGGUGUCACUGACCAGCCCCUCAGCCCCACCCACUUCCAGGACCUCUUCUGGGAACGUCUGGGUCACCCAUGAAGAGAUGGAAACUCUGGCAACAUCCACUAAAACAGACAGUGAGGAGGGCAGCUGGGCUCAGACUCUGGCCUAUGGGGACAUGAACCAUGAAUGGAUUGGGAACGAAUGGCUGCCCAGUCUGGGGCUACCUCAGUACCGCAGCUACUUCAUGGAGUGCCUGGUGGACGCCCGCAUGCUGGAUCACCUCACCAAGAAGGACCUGCGGGUGCACCUGAAGAUGGUAGACAGCUUCCAUCGAACCAGUCUUCAGUAUGGCAUCAUGUGCCUGAAGAGGCUGAACUAUGACCGGAAAGAGCUGGAGAAGAGGCGGGAGGAGAGCCAGCAUGAGAUCAAGGAUGUGCUGGUCUGGACCAAUGACCAGGUGGUACAUUGGGUCCAGUCUAUUGGGCUUCGGGACUAUGCAGGAAACCUGCAUGAGAGUGGUGUGCAUGGUGCCCUGCUGGCUCUGGAUGAGAACUUCGACCAUAACACGCUGGCUCUGGUCCUCCAGAUCCCCACACAGAACACCCAGGCACGCCAGGUGAUGGAAAGAGAGUUCAACAACCUGUUGGCCUUGGGCACAGACCGGAAGCUGGAUGAUGGGGACGACAAGGUGUUCCGCCGCGCGCCCUCCUGGAGGAAACGCUUCCGGCCGCGGGACCACCACGGCGGCAUGCUCAGCGCCUCCGCGGAGACUCUCCCCGCCGGGUUCCGCGUGUCCACUCUGGGGCCUCUGCAGCCGCCUCAGGGCCCGCCAAAGAAGAUAAUGCCUGAAGCUCACUCUCACUAUCUCUACGGACACAUGCUCUCCGCCUUCCGGGACUAG